AUGCUCUCUUCGUUGGGGUCGACCGUUGGACUCCCAUGCUUCCAAGGCGUUCUGUACCGCUUCCUCAUCCGUGAGACCGUCCCAAUACAGCCAUGGACCAAGCCACAAGCUCAGCCAUUCGCCCAGCGACCGCAGCCCCCAAAACAGGCCGCAACACAUCACACUAGCACAGACCAACGCCCCGAAGAUGGCGGCGGCAAGCCAGAAGGAUCUUCUUUGAUGGCAAUAACAUUGGUGGUAAGAGAAGCAGACGAUAGCGUGCGACGCCUAUGGGAGGCAGAGCGAGGCGUCAUGAUGCCAAAAGGCAGUAUGGGUCGAUGGGAGAUGGAACAACGUGGAAGGUGGUGUAAGGAAACCUGGUGUACAGAUGGCGAAGUAGGUGCAUGUAUUCCUGUCUCGGCUUGCUCUGCAGAACAAAGCAAGGACAACAAACAACCAAAAGGUCUCUUAUUCAUUCUAGAGCAGUGUGCGAUGACAGGCGAUGAGGCGGGAGGGGAGGAUGGUGAUGAUGGCUGCGGCAAGCUGCAGACAGUGGAAGCACGGCCAACAUAUCCCAUAGACAAUCCCAUGACACGGGCAAAACGCCCGAACAUUACCAGCGACCGCAAACUGAACGCCUGGAGCCGCAUCUCCCAUCAUUGGCACGUCGACGCGGAUGGACUCAGCGCCCUAGACAUUAGACUGCCGCCAACUCCGGGCAAAACGCUCCUCGAGACCCUAGCAUUGAUUGCCAGCCGCUACCCGAUAUCCGACUUUCGACGCGUCUUGAAACCCUUGCUAGCUCAGCCGCGUCAUCCCGGCCGAGCGCCCCAGGCGGCGACGGGAACACGUCUUGUGCAGCGCCAGGACGUGAUUUUGGCGCGCCAAACACUUGAGGCCGCCGCCUCCGCCCAUUUUGACGGAAGCGACGAUUCUGAGGAUCAAGACGACGGCACGGAGGAGAGCGAACAAGGGGUGGAUAGCGAGCACGAGGAGGUCACUAUAGAUGGGCUUCACACGGAAGAUCGCCUGAGUCCACCCUUGCUUCUGAACACCAUCAACCAAACUCGAACGGACAUCGAAGACGGCGAAGACGGCGACGACGCCAGUGUGGACAACCAAGACAUCGUGGACACAGAAGACGGGGCAGGUAACGGGAGAAUUGAAACUUUAGGCAGUGACGCCAUCCAGAAUCUCCAGAACGUGCCCCUAGGUCGAGACAGUGAAGAGGAAGAAGUCCCGUCGCCUGAACACGCCCGAAGGGUUGCAGAUGCGCACUCGAAUCAAGACGAUUUUAAUCCCGACGAAGAAGAAGAACCACCAUCCUACUAUUGGCCUGAGGGAGAACAGGAACAAACAUUUGACUCUCUCAACUGCGAAGUCGAGAGACCACUAAUUAGCCCAUCUACUCGCAACGAAGAUGACCAAAUUGACUGCCCUUUUCACGACGUAGACGACGAAAGCCUCUUGGUAGCCAGUUGCGACAGCGAGAACAACAGCUACAUCACUUCCCCACGUCCUAUCGGUGAGAGCCCUCCCUGCCACAUUCCCUCACCCUCAUUGCUGAGCCCGCAUUUGCCCUGUCAUCGCACGCGCUCCGCUCCACCUCAAUCAACGUUCACCAACCCAGCGCGAAUGCCAGUGACAACUCGGCAAGGCAGUGAAAGCAUCAUGGUCAACUCCACAGCCAAGCGUACAAAGUCCAACGAACCCAGCGCUCGAGACUUACGGAUGGCAUUAUUGCCGCCUAAAAACUCCCACGAACAAUCUAACCAAAGAAAGCGCAAAGCUUCUUUGGGUCUCCGUGAACCCAACGAUUUUGAUCCUGCGGCACUGGACUGGUUUGGGCCAGAGGACCAGGACACCAAAGAGUCGUACCUCACCGUUCUCCACCACCUCGGUCUCAUCAUCAAACGAGCUCAGCACUGCGAGAAAGCGCGCGCCACUGCUGUCGAAGGCCUAGCAGAGCAGUCCCGGCGCCUUCAUGAUGUGAACUCUGCCGCGACACUGCCACUUCUGCAUCUUGAUCAAUCAGCCUAUUCUGCAGUUGCCCACGAAGCCCGUGUCCAGAUGCUGCGCACGCAAAUUGAAACCAUGGAAGCCAGACGGGCUGACGUAGUCAGGGAAACAACAGAGCUUGAUAAUAGGCAGAGCGUGGAGAGGACGGCGAGUAAACGCGUCAGUGUCCAUGAGCGAGUGUGGAACGACCUGGUCGAACACUUGAAAGACAUUGCACUAUAA